GGAGCCGAAAGCGAAAGCAGCGGAGAGCGAUGGCUGCGGGGCUGCGGCUGCUGCUGGCGGGGCUCUGCUGGUCCCAAUUUAGGGUGGAAGACGCCGCCUCCCCUCCGCCCCCCCCCGCUCCGGUGCGCUGCGCGCUGCUGGAGGGGGUGGGGCGCAGGGGAGGGCUGCCGGGGGGGGGCAAUGCCCGUCCUGCACUGCUGCGCUUUGGGGGGGACGCGGAGACCCCUCCCGAACCCGGCCCGGAGCCCGAAGUCACCUUCAAUGUCAGCGACCCCUGGGGGACUCUGACCCCACUCGGGGUCCCCCCCCGGACUCCCCCCAGCUGCGAACUGAACCCCACGAACCCCCAGACCGGCUCUGACCCAUGGAGCCGCCCUCUGCACCCCGACGCCCGCAGCCCCCCAACCGCGGGGGGGCAGUGGUGGGUGGCGGCGGUGGGGACCCCGCAGUACGGUGUCACUGCGCUGCUGCAGGGGGGGAUGGGCACAGAAGGAACCAUCACUGCCGCCGUGGCCCUGGCGGUGCUCACCCACACCCCGGCCCUCCGGGCCCGUGUGGGGUCCCCCAUCCACCUGCACUGCGCCUUCGCCGCCCCCCCGUCCCCCUUUGUCCUCGAGUGGCGUCACCAGAACAGGGGUGCGGGGAGGGUCCUGCUGGCCUAUGACAGUUCCACCGCCCGCGCCCCCCGCGCCACCCCCGGGGCCGAACUGCUGCUGGGGACACGGGAUGGGGACGGGGUGACAGCAGUGACACUGCGGCUGGCACAGCCAUCACCGGGGGAUGAGGGCACCUACAUCUGCUCCGUGUUCCUGCCCCACGGGCACACACAGACAGUGCUGCAGCUCCACGUCUUUGAGCCCCCCAAGGUGACGCUGUCCCCGAAGAACCUGGUGGUGGCUCCGGGGAUGUCAGCAGAGCUACGCUGCCACGUGUCUGGCUUCUACCCCUUGGAUGUGACGGUGACGUGGCAGCGCCGCGCCGGGAGCUCGGGGACAUCACAGUCACCCAGGGACACAGUGAUGGACAGCUGGACUUCAGGUCACCGCCAGGCAGCCGAUGGAACCUACAGCCGGACGGCGGCAGCACGGCUGAUCCCCGCACGCCCCCAACACCACGGGGACGUCUACAGCUGCGUUGUCACCCACACUGCACUGGCCAAACCAAUGCGCGUCUCCGUCCGACUACUCCUGGCUGGCACCGAGGGACCGCACCUGGAGGACAUCACGGGGCUCUUCUUGGUGGCCUUUGUCCUCUGUGGCCUCAUCCGUUGGCUCUACCCUAAAGCUGCACGACCCAAAGAGGAAACCAAGAAAUCGCAGUGACCUCCACUCCAGCUCUCAGCACCUCAGCUCCAGAUAAAGAGUUUUUCACCCCAAA